AUGUAUAACAAUUCGAGAACAACGAUGGACAGAACCGGAACUCUGCAAUUACGUUGUUCACAGGCUGCACUAGUAGUGCUACUGCAAGCCGCACUUGUGGCGAGCAAGGCAGUGGAUCAGAAUCAACUGCAGGAACAGAGGUCUCAGCAACAAAUUCCAUAUGGCACAGCGGCACAGAAGAGAUGGGGUGAUGAUUUGGGAGGCCAUGGUGGCGGUUUAGCUACCGGUUACGGUGGAGAUCUAGGUGGUCACGGUGGAGAUCUAAGUGGUCACGGUGGAGAUCUAGGUGGUCACGGUGGAGACUUUAGCGCUCACGGUGGUGAUACAGGAGGUGGUUUCGGCCAUUCUGGAGGAGGUGGCUUUGGUCACUCUGGCGGUGGUGACAUCGGCGGUGGUUUUGGUCAUUCUGGAGGUGACAUUGGCGGUACUUUUGGCCAUUCCAGUGGAGGUGACAUUGGUGGUGGUUUUGGUCAUUCUGGAGGAGGUGGUGGCGAUGGAGGCAAUGGAGCGCUCGAAGAACACCAUGACGAUCAUCACCAUCAUCACCACGAUCAUGGCUAUUGGAAGAAGAAACUGAUUUGGAAGCCAGGAUGGAAGAAAAUCUGGAAACCAGCAAAGAAACAAAUUUGGAAGCCCGCGUGGAAGAAAAUUUGGAAACCCGUGUGGGUACCAACACAGAAGGCAGUAUGGAAAGACAUUCAGGUGCCAGCUUGGAAAAAAAUUUGGAAGCCCGUGUGGAAGGAGAUACAGGUCCCAGUGUGGAAGGACAUUCAGGUACCAGCCUGGAAAAAGAUUUGGAAACCCGUUUGGAAACCUAUAAAGGUGCCAGCCUGGAAGGAAAUUCAGGUGCCCGCGUGGAAGAAGAUCUGGAAACCGGUUUGGAAGGAAAUUCAAGUACCAGCGUGGAAGGAGAUUCAGGUACCAGCCUGGAAAAAAAUCUGGAUCCCUGAAUGGGUGAAAAUCGGCAUUCCUGGUGAGCACUUCCACGGCACCGAUAACCAUGGAUGGCAGUACACUAGUCACGAUCUGUGGAAGAAGAAACUGAUAUGGAAACCACUAUGGAAAAAGUAUUGGAAACCAGCGAAAAAACAGAUCUGGGUACCGGACAAGAAGCUGGAGUGGGUGGAAGCCUGGAAGCAAAUCUGGAAGCCGGCCAAAAAGCAAAUUUGGGUAGAUGACAAGAAGCUUAUCUGGAAGGAAGAAUGGAAGCAGAUUUGGAAACCAUCUAAGAAACUUAUUUGGGUGCCUGAUAAGAAGCUCGAAUGGAAAGAGGCUUGGAAACAGAUUUGGAAGACUGACAAGAAACUUGAGUGGAUACCUGAUAAGAAAUUAGCCUGGAAAGAAGCUUGGAAACAGAUUUGGGUACCAGCUUGGAAGGAAAUUUGGGUUCCAGCAUGGAAGAAGAUUUGGAAACCAGUUUGGAUAUCAGAAUGGUUCCCCGCAGACGACCACCAUCCCCAUCACCAUGGUUGGGAAGACCGAAAAGAUACAGAAACUCAAAGUUCUCAGAUAGUUCCGUACAGUUCUGAUGCUGCUUCAAAGCAGAACGCUCAGGCUCAGCAACAGCAACAUCGAAUCGACGAGAACAAGGUUAGAUGGGAUAGAUCUUCGAAGACUGAAACUCCAUCGAUCAGUCAGGACCUGGUGCCACCACCAGCAUCGAAAAAUCAAAGCGGUCAGACAGCCAACUUUGGGUUUACCAAUCACUGAUCGAGCAGUAUAAAAAUCUAUAGCUUGUAUAAAAACCUAUUCAAGAGUAUUGUAACAUAAGCCGCUGUAUAUAUUAUCUUAGUCGUAUAAUAAGUUGUAGAGAGUUAAGUUUUCGAAGGAUUAAUCGACUGACACGGCCCUGACCCUAACGCGUUUUAUCUUUAUGUAUGUAUAUUUUCUACUCCCCCUUUUUAUACAAUGUUGUUGUUACUUUUGUUAACCGAUGCCGUUACAAAUAAAGUUGAUUAAUAUUUUGUUAAAACAAUUUUGUUAUUAUUUCACCUGAUUAUCACACAUAUUUUUUAGAGGUAUUACGAAUGAAGAUUAUAGAAAAUUACAGUAAAUCUACAUAGCAAAGAAAGAAAAGCCUAAUAAAGAAAAACUUCCUAUUAUUACAAAUUUUCACAUGGCAUUGCUCCACGUUAACUAAGUAAUAUAUAAAUUCCAGAACCUACUCAAGAUUAGAACAUUCCGCAAAAGCAAGAACUAAGUAAAUAUUUGCUACACGAAUCAUCGACAAACAUAACUUCAAUAUUUUCUUAUAGUAUUUCUUCUCGCUUCUUUUUCAUAUAUUCUACAUCCAAAUCGCAAUCUACACUAAUACGCCGGUAUUACCGGUACAGUUUGUUAAUACAUAUUUCAUUAACACUAUCGCAUUUCGCUUCGUCAUCCGAGGAUCCACUCGACAUGACGCAACAUGGCCACGCGGUUGUAGCCGCCGCUGCUACUGAAAAACCGGAGAAAGUUCGAAUCUGUAUGGAAGGAAGUCGUGUCGGGUUGUAUAUGGGAGACCUCGACCGUAGAGAAAGUAUCCGUGCACCCACACAUAUGAGAGUGGUGCGGCUCACAUGCAUUCAGCGACAUAAAUUAAUUCUUGCCGCUAUACUGUAUUCUCUUUGAGUUAUCCAACUGCUUUAUAAAGCCGGGUCUGCACCUGACAAAUGAACGCAAACCUUUACAGUAGCUCCACAUUAAUUGGCUGAUUGGAUUUUCCUUCUUUAACAAGACAUCGCUAUGCCCACCAGUUCUUCAAGCCAACUUUGAGAAGUAAUCCAAUAUCGUUACAAUAAACAAACAUAGAUCAGGUAUUUGUAUUUAAUGCGGAAAAGCUACAGUCUCAAAAAGCUAAAAGUCUCAUGAAAGUAUUUGAACAUCAAUUAUAAAAAACUUUUAUGUAGGUAUACAUGUUAUGCCAAUUUAAUAUAUUGUACCUAUUAACCAAUUUAAAAUUUCAUAGGCAAUACGAGACCCGACUAUUCUGAUUAUAUUUGAUAAAAUAUGAAA